CGUGGAGGCCCCCCGGGGUCCCCCCCAAGAAGUGAUGGCUUUAUAAGGGGCCCGGAGAGAGCGGGGAUGCAGUGCCCACCAUGGCCUCCAAGCUCAAGGAGCGGAGGAGGACGCCGGUUUCCCACAAAGUGAUUGAGAAGCGGAGGAGGGACCGCAUCAACCGCUGCCUCACCGAACUGGGGAAGACGGUGCCCAUGGCUCUGGCCAAGCAGAGCUCGGGGAAGCUGGAGAAAGCGGAGAUCCUGGAGAUGACGGUGCAGUACCUGCGGGCCCUGCACUCGGCGGACUUCCCCCGCGGCCGGGAGAAGGAGCUGCUCUCCGAGUUCGCCAACUACUUCCACUACGGCUACCAUGAGUGCAUGAAGAACCUGGUCCACUACCUGACGACGGUGGAGAGGAUGGAGACCAAAGACACCAAAUACGCCCGCAUCCUGGCCUUCCUCCAGUCCAAAGCGCGCUUCGUCACCGAGCCCCUCUUCACCUCCCUGGGCUCCCUCCCGGAGCCGGACUUUUCCUACCAGCUGCACCCCGGGCCCGAGUGCCCCGGGCACGGCCACAGCCCCGGCGAGACCGUGCUCCAGCCGCCCUCGGGGGGGCCCUUCCCCUGGCACGGCGCCGCCCGCAGCCCCUCCCUGCCCUACCACCUCCCCAACGCCGCCGUGCCCCUCGCCAGCCCCGGCCAGCAGCGCAGCACUUUCCUCUCCUCCGUGCAGGGGCUGGACCGCCACUACCUCAACCUCCUCGGCCAUUCCCACCCUAACGCCUUCGGGCUGCCCCCGGGCCAGCACCCCUCCAUGCUAUAGAGACUCGCCCCCGCUUGAAAAAUCCUAUUUAUGACCGCGGACGCUGCGAGUUACGCCCGGGCGCACGGAGAGGCCGCCGGGACAGGGAGAUGCGCGGGGGUCGCGGAGGGCGAGGAGUCCCUGCCCGCCCGCUCGCCCCGGGGGCUCGGUUCUGCCCCCGCCCGCCCUCUCCGGGGGCCUGGAUCUGCCCCCACCCGCUCUUCUUCCCACCUCCGGGUGCGGUGCCUGUACAAGCGAUGCCUUGGAAUAAAUGUUUA